AUUGUGUGGGGAGUGUUCUUCAUCAUUGUGGCGCUGCUCUUCACUGUCUCGCUGUUCUUGUCAAAUUUGGACAAAGCUCUGCAUUCGGCUGGCUUCAAUUCAGGAUUUAUAAUUUUAGGAACUAAUCUCACCAAUCCAUUGAAUAUGCUGUUACCUGUUCUUCAAACAGUUUUUCCACUUGAUUAUAUUCUUAUUACAACUAUUGUUAUGUACUUUAUCUUCACUUCCAUGGCAGGGAUUCGGAAUAUGGGUAUAUGGUUCUUCUGGAUAAGGCUUUACAAAAUCAGACGAGGAAAAACUCGACCUCAAGCACUUUUGUUUCUCUGUAUGAUACUUCUGUUGAUAGUUCUUCAUACAAGUUACAUGAUCUACAGUCUUGCACCUCAGUAUGUAAUGUAUGGAAGCCAAAAAUACCUGGUACAGAGUAAUAAGACAAUUGAUGGCCAGCCAAGGAAUGUGACAUUUAUAUCUAAAGACUGUGAUGCAGAUGCACCUGAAGAUCAGUGCAUUGUUACUCGGACGUACCUCUUUCUUCACAAAUUUUGGUUCUUCAGUGCUGCCUAUUACUUUGGGAACUGGGCAUUCAUUGCAGUCUUUUUAAUUGGAUUAGUUGUUUCAUGCUGCAAAGGCAAGAAAUCAGUCAUCGAAGGUGAAGUGGGUGAAGAUGAUUCAGACAUAAGCGAUGAUGAACUGUCUGUUUAUUACCACUGAUACCCUUUUGCCUUCAAGAGGGAGAAAUGUAGUUUGAAGUUAUGUUGAAAGUCAUAUCCAUGUGGAAUUUGUAUCCAAAUAAGCAUCCUUGCACUGUACAAACAGAGGAAAUAAGUGUACUCACUUAAAGGGGUGGAAAAACUGAGUAUCACUUUCUGAGUGUCUCUGUUAUAUCAGAACAAAUACUGAAGCUGGGUUUUAAUAAUAUAGAAAAUAUUGUUUUAUGAAUAAAUGUAUAUGUUACUUUCUGAUGUAUAAUCUGAGAACUGUUGUAACUAUUUCAUAAUUCACUAUGCUUUUCUGUUAACUUGUUUUCUUAAAUGCUUCCAUACC